CCUAACCUUCAGGCAGCCCGCCCCCUUGAUGUUACAAUAUAAUCUCGGUUCUGCAUUUUGGACCUAUGACUGUCGUAAAAAUGAUAAGGGAAUUUCGUCAGUCCUGGAGUCUGCAGUUCAGGCGAAGAAGGCGGACAACAGCUGACCUACUGAAACUCACACUUUACUCUUACCUUCUCAUAGGGUUUGUAGAAAUGGCCAACGAAUCACUCUUUGUCAACGUAAACAAGUGGAUUUCGGAGAAUGAAAAUGCCUUCCUGCCGCCAGUUUGCAACAAACUCAUGCUACUGUUUAUCCACAAUGCAUUAUGCUACUCUCUGUCAUAGGCAUUUUCGGCAGCUGAACAUCAUGUUUGUGGGUGGUCCCAACACUAGGAAGGAUUAUCAUAUUGAAGAAGGUGAAGAGCUCUUCUAUCAGAUCCGUGGGGACAUGUGCCUGAAAAUAGUGGAGAAUGGAACGCACAAGGACAUCCACAUCCGUGAGGGAGAGAUGUUUCUGCUCCCCGCUCGGAUCCCGCACUCCCCACAGCGGCAGGCCAAAACAGUGGGUCUGGUGGUGGAGCGCAAGAGACUGCUAACUGAGACUGAUGCCCUCAGGUACUAUGUGGACAACAGCACUGAGAUCCUGUGGGAGCGCUGGUUCUACUGCCAGAACCUGGGAACCCAGCUCGUACCUGUCAUAAAAGAAUUCUUCGCUUCAGAGGAGCACCGCACUGGGAAGCCAAACCCAGCGGACCCACCCAAAAAAGCCCCCUUCCCCCUGAACACUGUUAGUGUGAUGGCACCAUUCCGCUUCAAGGACCGUGUGGAUGGUCUCAGUGCAGAUAUCGCCAGCGGCAAACCCGUGGACAUGUUUGGGCCGGAGUUUGAGACAGAGGUGCUGUUGCUCGGGCCAGGGGAGACCAACACCACCAAGCAUGAUACUGACCGCUGGAUCUGGCAACUGGAGGGUUCAUCAGAGGUCACACUCAACGGUGAAAAGUUCAACCUCACCAUGGGAGACAGUGUGCUGAUACCUGAGAAGAACGAGUAUCACUGGAAGAGAAGUAAGGGCUGUGUUUCUUUGUUUGUUGCUCAAGACCAUGACCGUAAGAGACCCUUCUAAUCCGCCUCAGCCUUCUCCGGAUGUCUAUGUGUAGAGGAGUUCCCAAGAGAUAGAGAGAGCCCAAUAUGGGAUGUUGCAUUAGGUGGACAAUUGCUAAACACACUACCGUAAUUCCUGUCCCUGAUUGUCGAUUUUUAGUCGACCAUCACAGGCUGUUUUUUUGCAAGAUGGUAUGAAUUGUUUGCACAAUGGGUUCAAAGCUGACUGAAGCAGAUAGACACAUAUCAGGGUGAACAGUCUAGGGACAUUUUUAUGUGUAAUACACUUUAUAUUGCAAGCUCACUAUCAAUGCUGUCAUAGGCUUGUCAAUUGCCUAACACAGAACUCAAUAACAACGAAAUCACAGAUUUGUGUUUCAAAUAAUUUAACUGUUACCUUACUGGCAUAAAAUAUAUUCUUAAGGCACAAUGUCGUAGUGAAUAACUAAACUGUAUCAGUCAGUGUGUAUAUACUUAUUUUUGUAAUUGAGUGAUCAUACGGGUAAAUAAUUCUUAUAGUGGCCCAAAUCUCAGCAUCCUAUAAAAAUGAAAUAAAAUGGAUGGUGUUAUGCAGACACUUGUAUCCUAAGCAACAUGGUUGGACAGUUAACAGCGGGCUGGGGAUUCAAAUCCAGGUCAACCAGUUUGCAGACGGCAACACAACCGCUGGUCCAUCACACAGGACAUGUACCUAAACUUAUGUGCCUUUUGUUACAUUGCUCACAUUAAAAAUAUCUCAAUAGG